GCCUAGGAUGGGCUGAUGCUGCUGCCGGGCUCCGCGCCGUCUCGCCGCCGGGAGCCGCCGUCGUCGAGGAUGGGGUGGGCGGGCGCGCUGCUCCUCUUGGCGGCGCUGUGGUGCGCCGGGGGAGCGCGCAGUUGCCCGCUGCAGCUGCGCGCCUGCAAGUGCGUGGACGAGAGGCCGAAGGGGCUGGCCAUCCCCGGCGCCGCCAGGAAGAGGGUCAGCUGCAGCGGCCAGGACUUGGGCGAGCCGCCGGCGCCCCGUUUCCUACCCAACGGCACGGUCACCUUGCUUUUGAGCAACAACAAGAUAGCAGCCUUGAAGAAUGGCUCUUUCUUUGGACUGCGUGCUCUGGAGAAGCUAGACCUAAAAAACAACUUGAUCAGCACUAUCCAGCCUGGAGCUUUUCUUGGCCUCUCAAACCUGAAGCGCUUAGAUCUCUCCAACAACCGCAUUGGCUGUCUCAGCACCAGCAUCUUCCAGGGAUUGGCCAACCUCAUCCGCUUGAACGUGUCAGGCAAUAUUUUCUCCAGCCUCCAGCUUGGGAUCUUUGACCAGCUGCUGUCUCUGAAAGUCAUUGACUUUGCCACAGAAUACCUGACAUGCGACUGCAACAUGCGCUGGGUCCUGAGCUGGUCCAAGAACCACUCCGUCCAGAUAUCGGACAAGACGCUGUGCAUCUACCCCAGUGCCUUGCAUGGGAAGCCAGUGCGGAACAUCCGGGAGAGCCAGAUGCGCUGCGAAGGUGCCCCGGAGCUGCACACUCAUCAGCUGAUCCCUUCCCUGCGGCAAGUUGUCUUCCAAGGAGACCGCCUCCCUUUCCAGUGUACAGCCACCUACCUGGACAACAGCACACACAUCUUGUGGCAUCACAACCGUGCCUUGGUCCAAGGGGAUGAACGCAGUGGCAUCAUCCUGGAGGAGAGCCUGGUCCAUGACUGCACCUUUAUCACCAGCGAGCUCAUCCUGUCCAACAUCCACGUCUCAGCCAGCGGUGAAUGGGAGUGCACCCUCUCCACUGCACAGGGCAACGUUAGCAAGAAGGUGGAGAUCGUUGUGCUGGAGACAUCGGCGUCAUACUGCCCAGCUGAGCGGGUCACCAACAACCGUGGAGACUUCAGAUGGCCCCGCACCUUGGCUGGCAUCACGGCCUACCAGUCCUGUCUGCAGUACCCCUUCACCUCUGGGAACGGGGGGCCCGGCCUGGAGAAGCAAGCAUGGCGACGUUGUGACCGCACAGGCCACUGGGAAGAAGGGGACUAUUCCCACUGCCUGUACACCAACGACAUCACCCGGGUUCUCUACACCUUUGUGCUGAUGCCUAUCAAUGCCUCCAACGCUCUGACCCUGGCCCACCAACUGCGUGUCUACACAGCAGAAGCUGCCAACUUCUCAGACAUGAUGGACGUCAUCUACGUGUCUCAGAUGAUUGAAAAGUUCACUGGUUAUGUGGACCAGAUUAAGCAGCUCACAGACGUCAUUGUGGAGAUGGCCAGCAACAUGAUGCUGGUGGAUGACCACGUCCUGUGGAUGGCUCAGAUUGAGGACAAGGCCUGCACCAGCAUCGUCCGCUCACUGGAGAGGAUUGCCAGCUAUACGCUCAGCACCAACUCCCAGCACGUUGCCGUGAACUCCAGGAAUAUUGCCUUUGAGGCUUACCUGAUCAAGCCAGAAAGCUACACCGGCCUGAGCUGCACGGCGUUCCAGAAGCGUGAGGCGAUGCUUGGUGGGCGGCCCCCACGUCAAGAGCGAUACAGUGAACCCCUGGCAGACCAGCAGCUGAAGUUCCGCUGCACCACAGGACGGCCCAACAUCUCUCUGGCCAGCUUCCAUGUCAAGAACAGCAUUGCUCUGGCCUCCAUUCAGCUCCCUCCUGGCCUCUUCUCUUUGCCGGCAUCCCCACAUCCCCCUCCUGCCAAAUGCAAGCUCCAGUUUCUGGUGUUCCGCAAUGGCAAGCUUUUCUGCAGCACCGGCAACUCUUCUCACCUUGCUGAUGACGGCAAGCGACGCAGUGUGGCCACACCAGUGAUCUAUUCAGGCACACAUGGCUGUGGAGUGAACAACCUCACGGAGCCUGUCCUGCUCUCACUGCGGCAUUUGGGUGAGGGGACUGACCGCAUGGCUGCAUACUGGGAUUUUGAUGUUCUGGGUGGCUAUGGCAGCUGGAGAGCAGAAGGUUGUCAGCUGAUCGGCCUGGAGCUCAACGUCACCACCAUCAGCUGCCGGCACCUCAGCAACGUCGCUGUCUUGAUGGAGCUGAGCAAUUUCCCACGCGAGUCUCAGAGCCCGGCUGAGGUGCUGCAUCCUGUCAUUUACACUUGCACUGCCCUCCUCCUCCUCUGCCUGUUUGCCACCAUCAUCACCUAUAUCAUCAACCACAGCACCAUCCACAUCUCACGGAAAUGCUGGCACAUGCUGCUCAACCUCUGCUUCCACAUUGCCAUGACGUCUGCUGUGUUUGCAGGCGGCAUCACUCUGACUGACUACCCGGUCAUCUGUCAAGCAGUUGGCAUCAUUCUGCACUACUCUUCCUUGUCAACUCUCCUGUGGAUGGCUGUGAUGGCUCGAGUGAUCUACAAGGAAGCCACAUGGAAGGCCCCGCAGCAGGAGGAAGGGGAAACAGCUCUGCCAGCCCCCCGCCCAAUGCUGCGGUUCUACCUGAUUGCUGGCGGGAUCCCCCUCAUCAUCUGUGGGAUUACAGCAGCUGUCAACAUCCACAAUUACGGGGACCAUGACUCCUACUGCUGGCUGGCUUGUAGGCCAAGCAUUGGGGCAUUCUACGUCCCUGUUUCUUUCAUCUUGCUCAUCACCUGGAUUUACUUCCUGUGUGCUGGCAUCAGUAUGCAGUGCCAAGCGAAGAACCCGAAAGAGAUGCCCAGACCUCUGGAGACGCCACCGCGCCUGGGCGGCAGCAGUAACCUCUUGACCGAUUCGGGCUCCAUCUCAGUCACACUGAACUCCAGCCCGCAUAGUGCUGAUCGCGAUGGCAUCUACUCCUUAGGGGUGCAGUUCUGGGCACUGAUGAUCACCCAUUUCCUGUACAUCACCCUGUGGGCCUUUGGAGCCACGGCCGUGUCCCAGCGCUGGUUUCUCCUGAAGGUGAUCUUCAGCUGCCUCUAUGGAGUCACCGCCAUCGUGUUGGGGCUUUUUAUCUUUGUUCACCACUGUGCCCGGCGCAGGGACGUGCAGAGCUCCUGGUUUGCCUGCUGCCCAUAUUACAGGAAUGCUUUGCCCAUGCAAGCCUACGUGCACCCGGGGGUGGGGGUGGAGGACGGCUCCCAGGUCUUCAUUGGCUGCAGCCCAGAAGCAGCUCAUUCUGCUAAGUCCUCGUCCUCCCCCAGCAGCACAAAUUCAGCCCCAGGUUCCUGCAAGCUCAACAACUUGCAGGUGGCUCUUGGGCAGGCGGAGAGCAACCCUCUGCCGACCCCCUGCUACGAGGAUCCGGAGAUGCCCGCCAGCAAGAGCAACCCUGCUCCCAGGUAUGCCAACAACCUCCACGGGCGCAGCAGGCACCACAAAAGUAGGACUAAGCAGUAUCGGGAAGGGAAGCACCAGCGGCUGAAAGCGCUGCGGGGGCCUUCCUCGGAUCACCCCGCCAGCGAGAGUGGGAGCUUCCACAACAGCCUCUCAGAGAGCUACCAAAGCAGCCGGAACAGCCCGCUGAACAACCGGCACCAGGGCCCGGUUCCCAACCUGGACUCGGCCCUCACGCAGUCAGACUUGAGCGAUGGGGGUGGCAGCAGCCACAAGGCAGUGGACCUUGCCAGAGCCCAGCGGCGGAGCACCAGCAGAGAAAACCUCAAGCACCAGGCCGGCGCCGUGGACAAAGAGACUAAGAGGAGAUCAUUCCCACUCAACGUGGCCAACCAGAACGGGAGUCUGAAGGGCAGCAAGUAUGAUAUCAACCUCGCCAGUGCCGACAGCACGGCGGGCAUGAGAACGGGUCUCUGGAAGAGUGAGACGACAGUGUAGGAGAGGUUGGCAAACAGGUUGGAAGCUGCGAGCCAUAAGUUAUCUUGGAGCCUGCGAAAGCAAGCCUCAGAGGUAAUUGUUGUGCACUAAAGGGGACUUGGGCGGCAUCAGCAAUAGCUCACGUGCUCCUUGGUCGUCUGCUAGGACCCCAGGAAGGUUCACCUGGUACUACAGCAAGAAGGGUAGUGUGUGUGUGUCGCGUCUUAAGAAGCAGGGCACACUCCCCCACACCUGACUUUCUAGACACCAGGUAAUGUUGGUCAAGGAGUCUCCCCCUCUCCCUAGACAGAGCAGAAGACUUCUCCUUCCCUAAGGUGCCAGGGUAGUCGCGUGAAAGACAAUCAUUGUUCUAGAGGAUCCUGGAGAAUUGUAGUCUAUUUAAUCCUUCCUGCAUGUUGUCACUUAGGCCCUAGAUGCUUUUGUAUAUCAUCUGAAGGGAAGGAGGGGUUUAUAAGCUGAAAUCUUGAGCAUUGUAUGUACAUAUGUAUAGGCAAAUUGCUACCCAGUGGAAGUGUCUUCGCUUUACGUUAAGCAAUCAUAUCAAGGAGAUCUCCCCUUCCCUUUAGCACUUAGCUCAGGGUCCAUUCAUACAACUCCUUUCCAGCUCAGCUUUGAUACACUGAUGAGAUUGCUUCAACAUCACUCCAAAGCAGGAGACAGACGAUCUUUUGUUUUGAGAGAACUGAAGGUGUACAGUGGAGGAAUCUUGCCUGCAGAGUGUAAGCUCUUGUCUGAUUCUUCUCUGGCUCCAACAGGUCUUGAACCUGUGGACACCAGUGAUAAUGCAAUGAGCGUACAGCAGCUAGCAGGCUGUAGGAGUCUCCCUAAAAACCUUUGGUUACCUCCAGCCUCAGUCAAAAGGUUCCCCUCCUCCCCACCAAAAAACUAGCAAUGAGGACAUUAGCCCCAAUUGUUGUUUAGAGUAGCAUUUUGGAAAGUUGGGAGACUGGAAAGAAAACCAGAAAAACAUUUCUUGACUUUUGCAAGGAAAAGCCCCUGUUGGCUUUAAAACUCGUCUUUUAAGGAUUACUUUGCAUUAGACACUUUUCAACACCUCCAUCUCCUUGGGGUUGUUUCUUUUUAAAGGCGCAGCUCUUGGUGUUGUGCCAAAUUGUUCAAAAAAAAAAUCACAUGCACAAAGCUGUGUUUGAACACAAAACAUCAAAAAUGAGCUGGAAUUGACCAGGACAGGGUGUCCUGAGAUUGUCUCAAAGGCAGCUCCCCACAAUGGUGGGGCUCCUGCACUACUGUCCCUGCAAGGCAGAGGCCUGGUCCUUGCCUAAACAGCAAUAAGCAGUGGCCCUCUUUUCACAUUAUGUCUUGCAAGCGGACAAUAAUCAUGGCACACAUAAAAUUUAGGGCUUGGUUCAUACAUGCAGAAGAAUGAGGGGGUAGUAGCCUGAAAAACGAGAGUGGAUUGCCCCACCUGAGAUUUCAGGUGACAGAUCUUAGAGAAUCACAUUUUGGAAUACUCCUCUUGAGGGGGGGGGGUGGAGUUCGUGCAAACAGAAAAGCACUAUAGGAAGCCAAGAGAGGCCACAAAAUUUUUCUUCCAGUUGUGCUAGCUUGCAUGGAGGUUGCUUUGGCUUUAUGCGAAGGAACAAUCGAAGCUAGGAUCCCUAGCACCUGCAGUCGGCAGCAGAGCAAUCUGUUCUGGCACCUGCUCAUCCAGAAUAUAAGAAUCUUGCUUUAGUUAUGAGGGUGUUCCGUUUCCCAGUUCGCCUCCCCAAGCUUGUACAGUUUCUUCCAAAGAUUUCAGAGCGUAAGGAACGCUCGAGCAGAGGCCAUGGCGCAGCAUCUGCUUUGCACGUUUCCCAGAUUCCAUUCUCGGCCUCUCUAGUUAAAAGGAUCACGUAGCGGGUAAUGUGAAAGCUCUGUGCCCGAGACUCCGGAGAGUCUGAGCAAAGUCCUGAAUAUGAAAGACCAGCGGGCUGACUUAGUGGAAAGCAGCUUCCUGUGUUGGAUUGUCAUCUGGGCAAUUUUGCCCCUAGUAUGUGAUUGAAAUAAGGAGUGCCUAGCCUCCCCAGGCCCCAUCCAUGCUGGACGGUUGCACAAGCUUUUGAACAGAGAUGUAAAGUGACAAGGGGCUCUUACAGUGAGGUGACACAACAAAGGAUAUAUAUUUGAUUUUCCAAAGAAAACACUACAGGUUUGUUGUCUCUGGUUUUUACUAAGUCCCAUUGUAGGGUUGCCAGGUUCCCCCUGGCCACCGGUGGGGUGGUGGUGUCAGAUCCAGGGUGGGAAACUCCUAGAUAUUUGCAGGUGGAGCCUGUGGCGGGGGGGGGGGGGGGGCGGACUUCAGUGGGGUACAGCGCCUCAGAUUCUUCCCUCCAAAGCAGCCAUUUUCUCCAAGGGAACUGGUAUCUGUAGUCUGGAGAUGAGCUAGAAUUCUGGGGGAUCCUCAGGUCCCACCUGGAGGCUGGCAUCCCUAGUUUACUGAGUUAGCAAAAGUAAAAGCCAUAGUUUAAUCCAAUCAAAGAAACUUAACAGCUACAAGUCACUUGGUUGUGACAAGCUGCACUUACCUCUCCUUUGUGGCAAAUACUAUGCAAAGAUUGUCUGGGAAAAGGAGGUUGUCUGUAUGACAUUUUGUGGAGAUUGUCCUAAUCUAUACCUUGUGUAUUCCACCAUCGCUCCCAAGAACUGUGAGAAACCAAGGAAGGGAGAGGGGAAAAUAUCUGUCCUUAACCUGCACCUUACUGUCCGGAAAACAUACCAUUCUUCUUCCCUUCCCUCUCCCCCUCAUUACUGAUUAACAACUAGACUUCCAUGUUUCCAGAGGAAAAGGGAUCAAGAGAAAGUAUGGUAGUAGUUUAAAGCAACCCACCAGCAAACACAAAAGUGUUAGAAACAAUCAAAAGCAAAGAUUUGGUCUGUGAGUUGUUCUGACUUUGAAAUGCCUGGUUUGAAAAGUUUGUGGAAACUUUUGGUUUGAUAUAGCUGGUGGAAAACCUAGUUUUUGGAUUGUCCCCCCCACCACACACACACACUUCCCCCCCCUGCUCUGAACAUUUCUUGUCACAGUCCUUAUAUUUUGUUGUAUUGUGAAAAGUGAAUUUUGUAAAAAUCUUUUCAAUAAUAUAUUUUUAAAGAAACAAUCAAAGGUUGUUGUCUGAGCAAGCAAUUCGCAAAAAAUAGCAUACCCACUUUUUUCUGUUUUGUACUGGAAAACAAGGCAAUGCAGCAUAAAGACAGACCAGGCCUAUUGCGUUGAAACAUUUAGCAAGAGAAUUCUCAUGAGGCUUCUUCACACCCCUAGACCAUAACAACACCCAGAUAAGCACCGUGUGGGAUGAUUGUGGCGUUUGGAAGCUUAGACGGGCAAGGACAGAGGUUCCGGAAAUCGCUGUGUAUUCUCGAUAGCUUGCACAACUGAUCACCGUUAGGUGCCUUUUAAAGGGCAGCACAUUUUAUGGAGUCCUCCAGUGGCGCUAGAGUAAUCUUAAAAGAUCUACAGCCUCCUGACCAGGGCCAGCCAUUUGGGGCUUUCCCACGUAAUUAGCUGCACAUGUCGUUAUGCAACUUUGAGCAUAACACUAUUACUGUGGGGUGACUGCUAUAAUGUUUACAAAGCCCACCUUUCUGGCAGAGGAAUCUAGAGUAGUCUAUUAGCAGUUACAGUUUUAUUUGGCAUGCUGUAUCUCCCGCUGUAGGGAAGCACUGUGAUGUCCUUAUGCUUUAGGUCUGAAUGGAUGUCCCUUUUAAUUAGGUAACAGCAGAUUUUAAGAAGACAGAUAUUCAUAGGAAUGAAGAGCCUGCUGGAUCAGAUUUGUGGUCCAUUUAGGCCAGCAUCCUGUUGCUGCAUAGUGGCUAACCCGAUGCUGCCCGGCAGCUGCCCCCUAUUGUUGCCCCUCUGAGUGUAUCGAGAUGCAGUAUAAGCUGAUUCAGAGAGACUGGAAAGAGAAACUUCGGUGGAGAAAUGGCAGCAACAGAAAAAGAGAACUUCCCUGAACAAUCUGGCCACCACUUAGCAGUGCUUGCAUUACAAACAGCAGCAAACACAUGGAUCCCACAAUAAAAAUUAAUCCAUUGAGCUAGGGCAGGAUUGGGGGUGGGGGGAGUAGAGAGCAGCAGACAUCUUCCUAGGAAACAUGCAUUGCCAGUUCAAGUCUCCACCCCCAGAAACAUCUCAUGGAGGAGGGGAAUGACACCAGAUAGACUGAUGUAUCACAAAUGUACAUUUGUUUUAGACAAAGAAAAUUAAGAGAGACUGUGAAGUUGUUUCCAGUGUCUUAUGUGCUGAUCAAUAGCAGUACGAUUGUCAUUUUAAAAAAUCAACCAUUCAGUGUUUAUUAAGAUAAGUCCUCCCCUCUGGACAUAGAAAAACCUUAGAGACAGGCUGCCAUUUUCAGUCUCCAUGCCUGCUCAAAUCCUACCUCCGAGGAACUGCAAGGGCCACUUGGCUUGUAGCACCACAUAAUGUGGGACAGGCCAAACAGACAGCCCAUUCAGCCAUAAGUCAGCCCAAGGAUCCACACUGGCUCCAAGAGCAGGCAUGGACAGCUGUGGCCUUUAAGGGGUUAAAGGGCACUUAAUCUCUUUCUGCCUUCCCCAUCUUCCAAAAACUGGUUCCUUCCUUUGCACCUGACAAAUACUUCCUACAGACUCACUUGAAGUCAUCCUUUUUUAACCCUUUCCGCCACUUUUAUGAAAAAAAUCCUUCAUGGGUUUAUAAGUUUUAUAUUUAAUGAAGCCUAUAUCAUAUGUCCAUUAUGCAAACUGCAUGAUAUUGGCGAUGCGGAAUUUGUUAUAUAUGCUUGCUACACUGAAACAGUAUUAAUCAGGAAAGCUUUGUAUUAUUACCUUUAUUUUUCUGUUUACAUUAUGAGCAUAUGACAUAUCAAACAGAGCUUUAGGAGACAGCUGUGCCAAAGAAACCAUUUAAAGGGUUUUUUGUUUGUUGUUGUGUUUGUUUGCAUUUUAUAUAAAUGAACUGUUUCUAGCAGAUGUUUUUGGUUUAAUAUAUUAAAAGAUUUGCAACAUCCAAUA